CGUACGUGCGCAUGACGUCAGAGGUAGCAAAUGAAGUCUCACGCCAGGAACACAGCGGCCAUUUUUCUCGGUAGCACGGCUUCCUUGCCGAGUGUCACCCGGAGUGUUGAGAUCACUUUGAUAAGCUUCCAAGUUUGAACAAGUGUUCGGGAGGCUUAUCGACGCAUCCAAAGUCUGAACGACAGGACAAAAGCCAUGCCAGUGUGGUCUUCCGCGAAGGUUUUUCGCUGACAUCCUUGUCCGAGUAGACGCUUGUCUAAAAAAGUGUCGCACAAAUGGAAAUGGUGCCCAGCGAGGAGAAGCAGUUCGUAUCGAAAGAGAUCCAAAAAGCCGCAGAGGAGCCCAGAGUGCUGUGUAUAAUCCAGGACAUUACCAGUGCGAAGACUGUCAAUGAGAGGUUGACCUUUAACCUGCCAGCAUCCACUGCACUCUCCAAACUUUAUGAAGAUGUUGCCCACAAAGCAGGAUAUGUGAACGGCUCAUUUGACCUCGCCUGGGGAAACACACAUGACAUGGCACCUCUGGACCACAGCGGUGAAAUGUCGCUCUUGAAUUGUGGCUUUGAGCCUGGCGGAAAGAGGAAUUUCCUUCAAUUGACAGACAAAGAUGGAGUACAACCUCAAGUAACAUCGGAAGAGACAGCAGCUGUAGAUGGCAGUGGACUUGAUGAUUGCUCCCAAGAGCGCUUCAUUGGACCCCUGCCGAGAGACAGCACAGUUGGCUGUAGUGGUGACUGCAGCCCCUCUUACUCCUACACUUCCAUUCUUAACAAAUCUGAGACAGGUUAUGUGGGUUUGGUCAACCAAGCAAUGACCUGCUAUUUAAACAGUCUUUUGCAAACUCUGUUCAUGACCCCAGAGUUCAGAAAUGCACUGUACAACUGGGAGUUCGAGGACUUGGAAGAGGAUCCAGUCACUAGCAUUCCCUACCAGCUGCAAAGACUGUUUGUUCUACUUCAGACUAGUAAGAAACGUUCCAUUGAGACGACCGAUGUGACGCGCAGCUUUGGCUGGGACAGCAGUGAGGCUUGGCAACAGCAUGAUGUUCAAGAACUUUGCAGGGUCAUGUUUGAUGCCCUCGAGCAAAAGUGGAAGCAAACCGAACAGGCUGACCUGAUCAAUCAGCUGUACCAGGGCAAGCUCAAAGACUAUGUCCGUUGUCUAGAGUGUGGCUAUGAAAGCUGGAGAAUUGAUACUUACCUGGACAUCCCUCUUGUAAUAAGACCUUUUGGGGCCAGCCAAGCCUACGGCAGUGUGGAGGAGGCUUUGCAGGCAUUCAUACAGCCAGAAACAUUAGAUGGGCCCAAUCAGUACUUCUGCGAGCGCUGCAAAAAGAAAUGCGAUGCCCGGAAGGGUCUGAGGUUUUUGCAUUUUCCUUACCUGCUGACGCUGCAGCUGAAGCGAUUUGAUUUUGACUACAGCACUAUGCAUCGCAUCAAGCUCAAUGAUCGCAUGACUUUCCCUGAGGAACUUGACAUGAGUCCAUUCAUUGAUGUGGAAGAUGAGAAGUCACCUCAGACAGAAAGCUGCACUGACAGUGGAGCAGAGAAUGAAGGCAGUUGCCACAGCGACCAGAUGAGCAAUGAUUUCUCCACUGAUGAUUGUGUUGAUGAGGGCAUCUGCCUGGACAGCACUGUCAGUGCAGAGAGGGUCCUUAAGCCAAAGAGUUUGCCGAGCUACGAGCUGUUUUCUGUCAUGGUACAUUCUGGAAGUGCAGCAGGUGGCCACUAUUAUGCCUGCAUCAAAUCUUUCACCGAUGGCCAGUGGUACAGUUUUAAUGACCAGCAUGUUAGCAAGAUAACACAGGAGGACAUCAGAAAAACCUAUGGAGGGUCCUCGGGGAGCAGGGGAUAUUAUUCCAGUGCCUUUGCAAGCUCUACAAACGCUUACAUGCUGAUUUAUAGAUUGAAAGAUCCCUCAAGGAAUGCAAAGUAUUUAUCUGUGGAGGACUUUCCAGAGCAUAUACAGAGUUUGGUUCAGAAAGAGAAAGAGUCUGAAGAACAAGAGAAGAGACAGAAAGAGAUUGAGCGCAAUACUUGCAAGAUCAAGCUGUUUUGUUUGCACCCUUCAAAGAUGAUGAUGGAGAGCAAGCUGGAAGUGCAUAAAGACAAAACUCUCAAAGAAGCAACUGAAAUGGCCUACAAGAUGAUGGAGCUAGAGAGGUUAGUCCCUGUGGACUGCUGUCGCUUGGUGAAGUAUGAUGAGUUUCAUGAGUACCUGGAGCGCUCCUAUGAGAGCGAGGAGGACACACCCAUGGGCCUUCUGCUGGGAGGUGUCAAGUCCUCCUACAUGUUUGAUUUGCUGCUGGAGACUCGGAGGCCAGAGCAAGCGUUCCUGCCUUAUAAACCUGGAGAGGUCAUGGUAAAGGUUCAUGUUGUGAAUCUAAGAACUGAAACCAUUGCCCCUCCAAUCAGUGUUCGAGCCUACCUGAACCAGACCAUCACUGAAUUCAAACAGCUUAUUGCACAGGCAACAGAACUUUCUGCAGAAACAAUGCGUGUGGUUCUCGAACGCUGCUAUAAUGACCUGAGGCUUCUCUAUGUUCCAAACAAAACACUUAAAGCAGAAGGUUUCUUCAGGAGUAACAAGAUUUUUGUGGAGAGUUCAGAGUCAACUGAUCAUCAAGUGGCUUUUACUGACUCGCUGCUGUGGAAGUUGUUGGAUCGCCAUGGGAAUACUAUCCGGCUUUUAGUUCUGUUGCCAGAGCAGGCUCCUGGCACUCUGACGAUCAGAACUGUUUGCCAAAAACUUGGCAGUGACGCGACCUUUGAAGGUUCAAAGGGCAACAGGAAAUCUGUGGAGGCUAUCCUAGAGGAGAGCACAGAAAAGUUGAAGAACCUGUCCCUGCAGCAGCAGCAGGGCUCCAGCACCAGCGACAGCCAGAAAAGCUCUGAUGCCAGUGACUUUGAACAUGUUGAGUCUCCAAGUCAAGAGCCGGACUCAAACUCACCAUGCGUAGCCGCAGACAAGAGAGAACUAGAGAAUCGGAUUGAGGCCACCACUGGGUGCAGUAGCACGAGUGUCUCAUCUGACCCAGCAAACCAUUUUCCCUGCGAGGAACGCUCGGACUCUGAGGUAAACAAUGACCGCAGCACCAGCUCAGUGGACAGCGACAUCCUGAGCUCCAGUCACAGUAGCGACACAUUGUGCAAUGCAGACAGUGGUCCCAUCCAGCUGGCCAAUGGCUUGGACUCGCACAGCAUCACCAGUAGCCGUCGCUCCAAAGCCCACGAGGGAAAAAAAGAGACCUGGGACACAGCAGAGGAAGACUCUGGGACGGACAGCGAGUAUGACGACAACGGGAAGAACAAAACACAGGCCCAUUACUUGUACUUUAGAGCAGAACCUUGUUCCCAGGAUGAUCCUGCCUGUAAUGCACAAAAAUUUUUAGCGGUUCAUGUGGACAAGAGGAUAACAUUGGCAGCGUUCAAACAGAACCUGGAACCCUAUGUGGGUGUUGCUUCGACCCAGUUCAAAGUGUUUCGGGUUUACGCCAACAACCAGGAGUUUGAGAGUGUAAGACUCAAUGAAACACUGUCAUCGUUCUCUGAUGAUAACAAGAUAACCAUUCGCCUUGGGAGAGCACUUAAAAAGGGUGAAUACAGAGUGAAGGUCUAUCAACUGCUGGUAAAUGAGCAGGAGCCAUGCAAGUUCCUCGUGGACACUGUGUUUGCCAAGGGCAUGACUGUCAGACAGUCUAAAGAGGAGCUGCUUCCUCUGUUAAAAGAGCAGUGCAAGCUUGACGUCAGCAUUGAUCAGGUGCGCCUCAGGAAAAAGACAUGGAAGAAUCCAGGCACCGUAUUCCUUGAUUACCAUGUAUAUGAGGAAGACAUCAGCAUCUCCUCUAACUGGGAAGUUUUCCUGGAAGCCCUUAAUGAGCCAGAGAAGAUGAAAUCAAUGUCUCAGCUGGCCGUCCUAACCCGUAGGUGGAGCCCAGCUAUAAUGAAGCUUGGUUCCUUCCAGGAAAUCAUUCUGGAAAGCAGCAAUGUCGAAGAACUUAAGGAGAAGCUCAGUGAAAUCAGUAAAAUUCCACUUGAAAAGCUUGAGUUUGCCAAGGGUCGAGGAACAUUUCCCUGUGACAUUUCAGUGCUGGAGAUCCAUCAGGAUUUAGACUGGAACCCAAAGGUGUCAACGUUAAACAUGUGGCCUCUGUAUAUCUGUGACGAUGGUGCCGUGGUCUUCUACAGGGACAGCACAGAGGAGCCUAUGGAGCUAUCAGAGGAUGAGCGCAAUGAACUAAUGAAGAAGGAGAGCAGCCGCCUGCUCAAGACUGGACAUCGAGUCAGCUACUCACCACGUAAAGAGAAGGCCCUUAAGAUCUACUUGGAUGGAGGCCCUGCUAAGGACCCGUGACAGGACUGUGUUCCAACAGCGUCUCUGGGUCUGCAAAGCAUUUACAGGACGUAGUCUAUGGCUGAGUAAAGGCUGUCCGUCAAGUCCUCUUCACUCGUGUGGACUGCUUGAAGACACAUGGAGCCUCGCCUGUUAGAAGUGAGAGAAUUGUUAAUGAGUCAUCAACAAGCAUACAAAAUAUUUUUCAUGGCCAAUAACGUUUUUUUGUUUACUGCCCAUUUAGCAUUUUUUUCCUGCUUUACAGCUGCCAAUGCUGCAAACUGAGCAAAUUGUGUUCAGAUCUGAGUGUUCUUUCAUAUUAUGAUUAAACUUCUCAUUGACUUUGAAAAUAAUUUAGGUUCUUUUAACCAGCCAGGAAGUUGCACACAAACAAAUAGAGGUACUAAUAAAUACAUGUAUGGAUGGAUGUGUGCUUACCCCAGACGCUGGCAGUGGAGAUCCCCUCCACAGGGACAGUGUUUCUUGGGGGAUUUAUCCGCUGUCAGUUGGGUGGAAGCAGGAAAACAACGCUCUCGCUCAAUAGGCUUUGCAGAGCAGACUGGGAAGAGCAGGGCUAAACAUAACAACAUGCAAUGUUACACUUCUAAUACACAAGUAUACUGCAACAACACUUUCACUAUUACAGUAGUAUGCUUAAAUAACACUAAUACUACACUAGUAUGUUACAAUAACACUUCUAUUACUACACUAGUAUGCUGCAACAACACUUCUAUUACACUAGUAUGCUGCAAUAACACUAAUACUACACUACUAUGCUGCAACAACCCUUCCACUAUUACACUAGAAUGGUGCAAUAACAAUACUACACUAGUAUGUUGCUAUAACACUUCUAUUACACUAGUAUGCUGCAAUAACACUAAUACUACACUAGUAUGCUGCAACAACACUUCUAUUACACUAGUAUGCUGCAAUAACACUAAUACUACACUACUAUGCUGCAACAACACUUCCACUAUUACACUAGUAUGCUGCAAUAACACCACUAUUACACUAGUAUGCUGCAAUAACACUACUAUUACACUAGUAUGCUGCAAUAACACUUCUAUUACUACACUGGUAUGCUGCAAUAACACUUAUAUUACACUUGUAUGCUGCUAUAACACUUCUACAAAACCAGUGAAGUUGGCAUGUUGUGUAAAUAGUAAAUAAAAACAGAAUACAAUGAUUUACAAAUCCUUUUCAGCCUAUAUUCAAGUGAAUAGACUGCAAAGACAAGAUACCUAACGUUAAAGCUUGUAAACUUUGUUAUUUGGUAGGAAAUUUUAGCUUGCCUGCAUCAUGUUUUUUUUUAAAAAGUUGGAACAAGUGGCAAAAAAGACAGAAAUAUGAGGAAUGCUCAUCAAACACUUAUUUUCAACAUCCCACUUGGGAACAGGUGGGUGCCAUGAUUGGUUAUAAAAGCAGCUUCCAUUAAAUGCUCAGUCAUUCACAAACAAGGAUGGGGCGAGAGUCACCACUUUUGUCAACAAAUGCGUGACCAAAUUGUCAAACAGUUUAAUAACAUUUCUCAACAAGCUAUUGUAGGGAAUUUAGAGAUUUGACCAUAUCUGGUCCGUAAUAUCAAAAGGUUCAGAGAAUCUGGAGAAUUCACUGCACAUAAGCGGCAAUGCUUCGAUUUUCGAUCCCUCAGGCGGUACUGCAUCAAAAAGCGACAUAAGUGUAUAAAGGAUAUCACCACAUGGCCUCAGGAACACCUCAGAAAACCAAUGUCAGUAACUACAGUUUGUCGCUACAUCUGUAAGUGCAAGUUAAAACUCUACUAUGCAAAGCAAAGCCAUUUAUCAACAACACCCAGAAACGCCACCAGCUUCGCUGGUCCUGAGCUCAUCUAAGAUGGACUGAUGCGAAGUGGAAAAGUGUUCUGUGGUCUGACGAGUCCACAUUUCAAAUUGUUUUUGGAAACUGAACAUGGUGUCCUCCAAACCUAAGAGGAAAAGAACCAUCCGAACUGUUUUAGGCGCAAAGUUCAAAAGCCAGCGUCUGUGAUGGUAUGGGGGUGUAUUAGUACCCAAUGCAUGGGUAACUUAAACAUCUGUGAUGCACCAAUAAUGCUGAAAGAUACAUACAGGUUUUGUAGCAACAUAUGUUGCCAUCCAUGCAAUGUCUUUUUCAUGGACGCCCCUGCUGAUUUCAGCAAGACAAUGCCAAGCCACAUGUUACAACAGUGUGGCUUCAUAGUAAAAUAAUGCGGGUAAUAGACUGGAGUGCCUGUAGUCUAGAGACCUGUCUCUCGUUGAAAAUGUGUGGCGUAAUAUGAAGCAUAAAAGACGACAAUGGAGACCCCGCACUGUUGAACAACUAAUGCUGUACAUCAAGCAAAAAUGCGAAAGAAUUUCACCUUUAAAGCUUCAAAAAUCGGUGUCCUAGUUCCCAAACAUUUACUGAGGGUUGUUAAAAGGAAAGGCCAUCUAAUGCAGUGUUGUUGCCAUUAAAUUCUAAGUUAAUGAUUAUUUGCAAAAAUAAUUAAUGAUUUUUUGCCCAAAAAAUUGAAGGACAUAAAAUAUUUUGCCUUUGCUGUCUAUUCAAAUGAAUAUAAGUUGAAAAGGAUUUGCUAAACAUUGUAUUCUGUUUUAAAUACUAUUUACACAACGUGCCAUCUUCACUGGUUUUUGGUUUUGUAAUUGCUGCAAAAACACUUCUAAUACUAAACUAGUAUACUGCAAUAACACUUCUAAUACUACUCUAGUAUGCUGCAAUAAGACUUCUAAUACUACAGUAGUAUACUGCAAUAACACUUCUAAUACUACUCUAGUAUGCUGCAAUAACACCUCUAAUACUACAGUAGUAUACUGCAAUAACACUUCUAAUACUACUCUAGUAUGCUGCAAUAACACUUCUAAUACUACAGUAGUAUACUGCAAUAACACUUCUAAUACUACUCUAGUAUGCUGCGAUAACACUUCUAAUACUACAGUAUGCUGCAAUAACACUUUUAAUAUUACACGAGUAUUUUGCAAUAACACUUUUUACUAGGGGUGUGGAAAAAAAUCGAUUCGAAUUUGAAUCACGAUUCGCACGUUGUGCGAUUCAGAAUCGAUUCUCAUUUUUUAAAAAUCGAUUUUUUUAAUUUUUAUCAAUCCAACAAAACAAUACCAUAACAAUGCAAUCCAAUUCCAAAACCAAACCUGACCCAGCAACACUCAGAACUGCAAUAAACAGAGCAAUUGAGAGGAGACACAAACACGACACAGAACAAACCAAAAGUAGUGAAACAAAAAUGAAUAUUAUCAACAACAGUAUCAAUAUUAGUUGUAAUUUCAGCAUAGCAGUGAUUAAAAAUCCCUCAUUGACAUUAUCAUUAGACAUUUAUAAAAAAAAGAACAAUAGUGUCACAGUGGCUUACACUUGCAUCACAUCUCAUAAGCUUGACAACACACUGUGUCCAAUAUUUUCACAAAGAUAAAAUAAGCCAUAUUUUUGGUGCGUUUAAUAGUUAAACAAAUUUACAUUAUUGCAAUCAGUUGAUAAAACAUUGUCCUUUACAAUAAUAAAAGCUUUUUACAAAAAUCUACUCUGCUUGCAUGUCAGCAGACUGGGGUAGAUCCUGCUGAAAUCCUAUGUAUUGAAUGAAUAGAGAAUCCUUUUAAAUCGGGAAAAAAUAUUUUUUGAAUCGAAAAUCGUAUUGAAUUGAAAAAAAAUUUUUUUGAAUCGAAUUGUUACACCAAGAAUCAAUAUUGAAUCGAAACGUGGGACACCCAAAGAUUCGCAGCCCUAAUUUUUACACUAGCAUGCUGAAUAGGACUCCACAUCACCUGAGUGGAAGGCACAGCAGAGGUCCUGGCUGCAGUGGUCUUGGUGCUGGCAUGUACUCCCCGCGUGUCCUUUGGUUGCAUUUGGACUGCACUGACCCCAAACACACAACUGAGUGUCACAGCAUUCCUCAUCUUCAGCGCAGGGCUGCAAUGGCAAACAGGAAUAUAAUUAUUGUUAGCGAGUGAUGAUUGGAGUAGUAAUUACAUUUAAUACAUAUUUUCUUGUCCUGUUUGCAACACAGAGCUGAAUAGAUACAAAUCAAUCCUUGUUUUUCGUUAAUUAUUUUAUUCACUAAGAUAGAGCUAUAUACUUAACAAAAACAAGACUGACCAUUGAGAAAUUGCAUAUUGUCAUAUUGGACAAGUAUUGACAGCAGGCAUCAAUAUCUUUCAUGGUUAUUGUUAAUGAGAAUUUAUUACAAACAAUUUUAAAAAUAACAAACUCAAUCAUACUUUAAUGAUGUCCAAAAUCUUACUCUCUAAAAUAUGUUUGUAAGAGACAAAGCCAUUCUAAUGGAGACAAAGUAGUACCACGAGGAAGAACAUAUUUUAUUGUUAUUUUAUGUAUGAACUCUUACCGUACCGUGUUUUACGGAUAGAGGGCUUCGCACAAUGCAUUGUUGCUAUUUGGUAGCCGUUUUGGAAGACUUUGUUCAGUAACACACUUUUAUUGUUAAUCAUUCAUCCAGUGAUAGUGAAAAAUGCCGACUCGACAUUGACGGCUUCUUCUUCUUCAAUAAUUGGGAUACUCGAAAGUAGUUUAGAUUAAUGUUCCAACAAUCGCAACUGGACUGUUUGGUUUGUCUUAGAAGACUUUUUGCCUCUCAUCCAAGUAGGCUUCAUCAGUUCAUACUCAUAUUCUUUGGUUAGAUCUAGUCUUGCGGCUGAUGCCAAAACCCCAAAUAAUUAUAAUAAUAAAUGGUGAUUCUAACUGUUUUGGGCUGAUAGUGGUUGAUCCACAGCGAUCACACUGCCACACAAUACUUCGAUGCUUAAAAGGGGAAGUUACACUUCAACGACUGUCCUUGGCAUUGACAGAAGGAUUGCUCGUUUGCAACUCAACAGUUUUUCGCUCUACAAUAGGGUGAAACCUUCCUUGCCCAGGCACACCCUCCUGGUUUUUGGAGUAUAAAUGUUUUGGGUUUUGGCACCAGCCGCUAGACUAGAUCAGACCAAUCUAAAUCUAAGACUCGUUUUGACCAAACAAAGUCUAUGAGCAUGAACUGAUGAAGCCUACUCGGAGGAACAGCGAAACGUCUUCGAAGACAAACCAAACAGUCAAGUUGCGAUCGAUUAAAUGCCCCGAGAAUACAAUGACCUGGAUGAAUGACAACAUUCAGAGGCAAUUGAUGUUCCAACAGUUUGUCAUUAAACUUUUUUCCUCGCA